AUGAUUUCCAAGCUCGUCAACCAAACUACAAACAGAAACACAAUUGAAGAAGUCAAGGUAUUCUGCCCUUCAGGACAAGGCGAAUUAUGGGAAUGCCCGUUCUGUGACCCUUCAUGUACCGUGUAUAAGCUCAAUGUGCCACCUGAACAGGAAACUGAAAGAAUGCUGCAUGUAAAGAGACUUAUAAAAGCACACGUCGAGUUGCACCAAAAGGAUUUGCUGAGCAACAUAAUGAGUGAAAAAGAGUACGAGUUUGCCAAGGCAGACAGUAUCAAAAGAGUCCGUCAGUGGAUCAGUGGAACAAUUGCGUGCCGCAAGCUAUACAGCAAGAACCCACUCAAUGAUCCUUUCUAA